AAAACUGGAGAGUUGAAAUUUCGGGGUUAAACAAACCAGAGUUGAUUUCCACUCUUGAAGUGUUAUUUUAACACAUUGCGAUUCAAAUGGUGUUCAGUGUUGGGGUUAUUUAUCAGUGUUACCCAAAUCAAGCUAAUUUAACACUACAGAGAGUCAAUGCCCCUGGGCUUCUGCCUCGGAAACCCUGUGCAAGAAAGUACAAGGUGCUGACACUCUUGAAGUGUUAUUUUAACACAUUGCGAUUCAAAUGAUGUUCAGUGUUGGAGUUAUUUUGGCCAAGUGAAGUUCAUUUGACACUAUAGAGAGUCAAGGCCCCUGGGCUUUUGCCUCGGAAACCCUGUGCAAGAAAGUGCAACGUGGUAAUUUUCCAUGAGCUGCGGCAAUUUCAUCAGUGCUGGAAAAAGUUCUUCACAAGCGGUCAAUUGGUGUUGCUCUUCAGCUUCAGAGGGUCUCAGCUGGUAAACCCUAAGUGAAGGAGUAAAAUGCUGGUGCAGGUUCGCUACCGCCAACAGCAGAAAUAUGUAAAGCUGGAUGAAGUUGAUGGACAGUUUGAUUUCAUGCAACUGCAUGAAAAAGUCAUCGAGAGGUUUUGCCUGCCACCUGACGCAAAAGUAGUAUACAAAGAUGCAACAGGGACAGAAGUUGACGAAGACAUUUUCAAUGACCUUGUCAGCCAAGGCAGCGUUGUUUUAACAGUUUUCCCAAGUGAUGAGUUUACUGAUUGCUCCUUGUCCUCUCCAUCUGAAUGGUCUGACUCAAGCUUCAGUUCAAGUGCAAGUGCAUCAACUGUACUUCUAGAUGAGAUCCCAAGGAAAAAAUCAAGAGUUGAAGGAACAAUCAAUGCAGUUUCUGCAAAAAAGUUGAUCGAAGCUGUACUUGGAGCCAGUUCAGGUGGUGAAGAGGUCCUUGAAGAAUAUCACGCAUCACAGACUCUUAAAGAUUCUACCAGAAGAAAGCUGGUCAAUAUAAUAGUGGCCCACAUAAUUGAUAAACAUGGACAUCUCCCCACUAAAGCUGUUAGAGAAGAAUAUGCUCUUGGGAUAGUGACACUUUUUCCAUCCCUGAAAGACCCAUACUCCGAGAAAGGCUACGAACACUUCUAUGAUGCUGCAAGCAGUACAGGAUACAUUUCUUGGCGUCUUAAGACCAUCCAGAGAAAGAUUCGACGAGAAUCUACCACUUCAAAUAGCCUCACUGGCCUUUCUCAAGGAGGAGGGGGCCCUAAAUUCCAGAGAUCUGUUGUAGUUGAGGAGCAGCAGCUGGAUGGAGAUGCUUGUCAGGAGGCAAUGUCUUUGCUCAAUUAUGCCACAGACACUACGCAAAUUUUUCGAAAGAUGAGAGAGACGUUUCAGCAUCGGCAAAAACUCAUCAAUGACUCAGACAAAAUGCUUGACAUCCUGUCAAUCUUCCCAAGAUUCCUGGAUACCAAAGGAUUGGUAAAUCAAGACUUCAUUCUCUUGUUUAAUGACGAGGUAUCCAACCGGCUGCUUCAGAAAUGGGACCCGAUCUUUAGAUGCAACGUUAUCAAAGAGGCCAAGCAGCUCACUUCAACACCAGAGCUUCGUCAGUUGUUGCAUUCAGCGGAGAGUCCACAAGGAAGUGAUGAGGCAAUGACUUAUGAUGCAGAGAUGGCCUCGCUUUUGUUGCUGUUAUAUCUCCUUCCACCACCACCUGGGGGACCAAAGUUUCCAAAAAUCAGCGCUUCUGAUGCAGUUGAAAAAGUUAUUGUCUUUCACAAGUCUUGCUGCAGUUUGGAAGAACAUCUUCAGAACCAGCAGAACCAUCAGCCAUACCUCCUAGCCGUUGGUCGCGAAAAGAGGAACAUCGACAGAUUCUACAUCUCCAUUGACAAGCGUCUCAUCCCAUGCCAGGCAAACCGCUCCCUUGGGGCAUUUGAUGAACUUUUUAAAGCUCAUUUUGUUUUCAGUGUGUCUUAUGAUGGUGCACUUCUGAAUUUCUACACCUUUUUGCAGACAACAGUUUAUAACAUUGAUAUGGGUAAAAUGAAGGUGUCACCAAGAAUUCGAGACAUGAGAGCCAAACUCCUUAACCAGGAGGUGCUUCUCACAACCCAGAUUUAAAGCCAGGACAAUUAAAGGCAUUUUGAGCAAAAUGCUCACAUGUUUUCUGUGCAACAAAAUUUUCCCCAGCAGUCAGCAGUUGAUUUCACAUAUAAGAGGUGAACAUGGUUAUUAUCCUGGACCAAAGUUCAAGUUGUUUUGUUGUCAGCCAAGUUGUAGGCUUCAGUUUCAAACAUAUGCAGGCUUUAGAAAGCACCUUAACAUUAUUCAUAGCAACGUUGAACAAAUUGUUCAUACUUCAGCUGUUACUAAUUUGCCUAGUGAUCCAGUUUCACAUGAUUUGGAAGACCAAUUUCAUUCAACAGAUCUUUCUCAAAGUUCAUCCAGUGUUAUUCUAGAGUCUAGUUCGUCCCAUGUUCCAGAAAGUAGAGAAACUAGUGUUUCAGAUUUUAGCAGGGAUUCAUCCAAAAAAAUGUGCGCAUCCAUUGUGGCCAAACUGCAGGGUAGUGGCAUUUCUAACAGUUUAGUAUCUUCACUUGUGGGUGAUUUGGAGGAACUAACAAGCGAGCUUCGUUCAGAAGCAAAGCAAGCCAUUAUUUCUGCUUUACCUGCAACUGACCCCAACAUAUCUGUAAUUAAUGAAUCUUUUGAAAAAUUGAAAAACCCAUUCACUCAUCUAAAUACAGAAUGGAAACGAAAUAAAUUCUUCAACCUAAAAUGGGGAGUGGUAGAGCCCAGAGAAAUAACACUGGGAGUGAGAUACGACACCAGACGUAAUCAAAAAUCGGGUACUUAUGAUCAGGUACCUGUUAAGGAUACUUUCAUUUAUGUCCCUGUUCUGGAAUCUCUGAAGUUCAUGUGUAAGAAUCCAGAGAUUUGUGCUCUCCUGAAGAGGGAGUGUAGGUCAGAGCCAGAUGCGUAUCAUGACUUUUGUGAUGGAAGUUACUUUAAUACUCACCCCCUGUUUUCAGCCAAAAAGCAUGCUUUACAAAUUCAGCUAUUCUAUGAUGAUUUUGAAACGGCCAAUCCCCUUGGGUCAAAACGUGGAAUUCACAAAAUUGGCUGCAUUUAUUUCAUUUUAAGAAAUCUACCUCCAAAAUUUAAUUCCAUCUUGAUGAACAUUCAUUUAGUAUCUCUUUUCCACACACCAGAUCUGCACAAGUACGGUUUUGAUGUUAUACUGGAACCACUGAUAAGUGAUUUGAAACAACUUGAAAGUCGAGGGAUAAGUCUUCCAUUUUCUGAUGAGCCAAUAUAUGGAACAAUUUCACAAAUAACUGGAGAUAAUCUAGGGAUGCAUUCCAUUCUUGGUUUUAACGAGUCAUUCAACAGCCGACAUUUUUGUCGCCUUUGUUUGGUUGAAAAAGAUGAUUGUCAAAUAGUGUACACUGAGGAUGAUCCUAAAGUGGUCUUUCGUGAAAAAGAUGUGUUUGACAUGCAUUGGCAGUCUCUUAAAGAAAAUGUUAAUUUAAAGUCACUGUAUGGUAUGAAAAGAAAUUCUUCUCUAAAUUCCUUGCAGUAUUUCCAUGUUUGCAGUAACUACUCUUUUGAUAUAAUGCAUGAUCUUCUUGAAGGUGUCGCUCAGUAUGAGAUCAAAUUGCUAUUUGAAUAUCUCACAAAACACUACAUAUCAGAACAAAACUUGCUUUCAAGGAUCUAUGGUUUUGACUAUGGUUUUUUAGAAA